GUUUCGAUUUUAGUUUCAAUCGGAAAACCACUAUCUUCGAUAAAGCAUUUGCAACAAAUUGUGAUGUGAUAUAUCAAAAUAUAAUGGACGUUUUAUAUAUUUCGGUUAUGACAAUAGUGUGUGGAAUGUAAUUUCUUGGCGGGAAAAUCAUAUCAGUUAAAUACGUUAUUAUUGUUUUAAUGUAAUAUAUCGUUGUAAGAUUGACUAAAUACAGUUAUUGAAUGCAAAGCAAAUGUAAAUCGAAACCCAUGUAUAUCAUGUAUAUAAACCGAAAGUGACCCAAGGAGUGAAGAUAAAUAUGUUAUAGUUGAGUUUGAGUUUGUUAAAUACUGUGCUCGAAAUCAUGGCGAGCGGAGAAAAUACAUCUACUUUUAUAUUUUACAACAGUGAGGACGGAAACGGUGCAGAGGCACACGAAUUGAAAUUUCGCAUUUGCAAACGAACAUGUCAAACUGAUAAUGAAACAUGUUUACCAGGGAUCUCUACUGUUAAAUCUUUACACGAGUGCAUUCACAAGACUGGCCGAAUAAUCAUCUUUGUAACAAAUAAAUCAGCUCGGAAAGGAUUGUUCAAUUUUGCAGCUUUGUCAUCGCUAGAAAAUAUUAUGUUUGAAAAACACAUGCGACUGUAUAUAGCCUAUAAAGAGGCCAGCAUGGACGAUGUCAGAUUCUUGAAAUCUGGAUUGCUGUCUUUGACACCAAGCCAAUUUUUUGACUUGAAUACUUGGAAAGGAACCGACAGUCUUUUAAAGCGAUUGAAAUGUCCUUUGCGUUUGACGAAUUUACUUCCGGCUGGCAACGUGCACUUCGGCUUGGUGUAUUCCCAUGUGUCUGGCUUCAUGGGAUUUGUUGCUGAAGAGCUGAUCAAGUACUUUAAGACAAAUAAAAAAUUGGUCAGAAAAUUCCUGCUAAUUGUGCCAGAAGACUGCAACGUUCCACAGGACCUUGUUACGGCAGAUGAUUCAGAAGGAGAAAUAGUAAUUUCCCAUGACAAAGGGGAUGAACUGGAAUUCAAACGGGUUCAUGCCGAUAAAGAAAGAACCUACAAGGCGACCGUAUAUCGAAUUAAAUGUGGAACUGAGGAGUACCACGUCUGUGCCCAGGUCCCGACCGUUCUGACCGCCAUCUCGCAUCUUGCACAGAAUCAUCUGGGUAAAAUAGAUGUCCAACUUGAACAACAGCGCUUCUGCCAGUCCUACCAACAAAUUCUGGAUGCGAAGCGAUGGAAUGAUAUUGUCCAAAUCGUCACUUGCAAAGACGAGGCUGACCUUCCGUCUGCACUGUUCAAAGUUGCGAAGUCGCUAGCAAAUAGUCUGCCGGGAAAUUUACAACCUCAUGGACCAAAUCAAGCGACAACUAAACUCUCGAGUGUUUAUCUAUACAACUCUUCAACCGACCUCGAUAUGCUAGACGAGAUUCGAAAUGAGUUGGAUAUACAUCAUAUUCCGAAUAAAACAAAUCUACCAGGAGAAUCUAUACUCUCUGGGGGUGACAAUAGAGAAGGCUGGAUCGUAUUUGUAGUGUCGAAGGCGUCAUUAGAAAGCAGUGAGACUUCAUUUAAUAUGUUGAAAUGUAUCACUGCUGAUGUUGACGAAGGACGGUUGGGAGUGUUGCUGGUACUCCGUGGUGAAGUGGAAAUCUCAGAUGUGCCCCAAUGUUUUCGUUGGGUUACGUAUUACAGAGCUAAAGCGGUGGGCGAUACAUCAUACACGAAACGAAUUGUACGGACAGUUUCAGGAUAUCCUGUCGAUAUUGGCAGACAACUUCCCGCAGGAAAUGUCGUUCCUGGUUUAUGCUGGGCAUAUUUCAUAAACUAUCUGAUGAUCACACUUACCAGCGAUUUGGACAAGACAAUCCAAAUUUUUCUGAGACAGAAAAACGUCGAAUGUGGCUGUAUAAGAAAAUUGAUUGUAGUCUGGGUGAAAUCAUGCGAUACCGAAAAGCAGCUACACGAUCUCGCGAGCGAACGUGCCAUGAAUCGCAAGAUGACGCAUACAGGCAAGUUUCAGACAACUACCAACGGUUUUGGAGGACAGAAAGGCAGGCCUUUUAACCUGAACGUUUAUGAAUUUGCGGACAAUUCCAAUCCAGAUAAAAAGGUAAGGCGAUGGUUCCCCGCGGAGUACUGCACUCCGAUGACCUGCCUUCAGACGAUGGAGACCGACUUUGCUGGCAUCAGUACCGCCACCAAAGAGAACAUUGGACCGAUGUUCAAAAAGUUGUUUGACGAAAUAGUUUCUCGCGACUACGUAAAGCAAAAGUUAGGCGAUAACAAGGUUUCAUUGAUUUAUUUUGAUGACCAUCAUUCAGACACUCCUCUUAUAGAUCUCUUGGAAAAGGAGAUUAUGGACCCGGAAGCAACUGUCAUUUACUGAAGACCAAUCAACUAUUGUACUGUUGUCCAGAAAUAAGUACACACAAAGUACUGAAUUUGCAUCAACCAUUAUUGUCUCCACGAUGUAUUCUGUUGUGGCGUUCAUAGAAAUAAUUUAUUUUAUUGUUGGCCUCAUCUACACAUUUAAAUUUUGAAUAUAUUUCUUAUUUUGAAAUAUAUUCACUUUAGGUAACUUCGGUUCGUCACGAUUUAUUUUGUUGUUUUAAUCUAAUUGCCAUUUGUGUUUUUUAACUAACAGUUUAUCUUGAUUGGGUUGUUUGUGUAUCAAUACUAAGCAGAUUUUAUCGAAUAGUAUAUCCAAACGAAAUAAAUAAAAAUCGAUGUCUGCUUACUAGUAUUUGAAAUAAGACAACUAUUAAAUGCAAUGUUUUAUUCUGAGAAUAAUGUUAGUUGUUGCUCAUUUAAGUCCACCAAAGUCGUCGCUUUUGAAGGAUUAUUGUCAUUUUAACGAUAUGGGUGGUGCACUUGUAAUUCUUAAACUCAUGAAAUCAAAGUCAGUUAUAAGGUGCAUGAUUGUAAUGUAAUUUGUUUAGCUGUUUAUAUUGUCAAUUAUCGCUCGGCAGUAUAUUGAAAUGAAAAGUCUAUACUUUUAAAACUAUGUUCAGGGCAAAGUUACAUGUUUAUUUGUCUUCUAUUAAAAUCCGUCUGGGAUUGACAUAUGUACUUUCAUUUUUCGAAAUCUGAGUAACUAAUAUAUUAGAAAAUAUAUUUUAUAUGUAAAAUAAUUCAAUUGUUGAUUUGUUUGGAAUGCAACAGUUUAGGAACGUAUUCUAUUUGGGAGUGAAGUACACUUUCUGGAAUGAUUACCGUUGAUUGGUCAUCCAUAAAGCAUGUAUGUUAUAUGAUAUGUGACGAGUAAAUACCUUUCUCGUUUCAAGAUCAAAUUUAAUUAGCUUUGCAAACGUUUGAAAUUUUAUGCCAAUCGAAAAACAAAUCAACCACGGUUUUAUGUUGUACAUGAGGAAUUACAUAUUGUUAAUAAGCAUCUCGGUGAAAAUAUUGUUGAACGAACGUAUGAUUUAGUUGUUUGCUAAUCUUAACUUGUUGUUUUUUCAAUUACCAUAUAAUAGUAAUAAGAAAACUUAAAAACCGCCUUCAACAUGAAUUGAAACAUUUAUUAUAUCAACACAUUUUGACAGAAACCCAUGUGCAACUACACAAAUAUUUGAAACUUGAUAUGAACUUCUUAACUAUAAGCACUAAACUGGGAUUAUUUAUUUUUAUAAUUUCGAUUUGAUAUGAUUGUAAACACAGGCAAGGCUUUUCAUUCCAAGCAUUUUACAAGCAAGCUCAAACCACAAUUACUUCCUACCAACGCAUUUAUCUUUAAAGCAUUGUUAGUAGCUGUUGGAUGAAAACAUUGUGAUUGUGUUGUUAGUGAAUAAGUGUUUUAUGGUGCGUCACUUCGACAAUGUGCAUUUGUGUAAUGCGCAUGUUGCUUGUUGUGUCGCUUGAAUUGUCAUUUUGGUUUUUAAAUGUUAAUGUAGAUAUUUUAGUUUUAACUCACCAGAACACGAAGUGCUCAUUGCGAUCUUUUGUGAUUACCCUGCGUCCGUCAUAUGUACGUCCCGCGUCGUGGUGCGUCAACGUCUAGCUCGUUACCGAACUCAAGACAACUUUUGUGAUUCAUUCUUAAAGAAACAUGCUCCGAAUGUAUACUGUAAGAGUUCAAAUUAUGAUCACGUGUAUCCGAAAACUAGGUCACCAGAAAACAUCUAAGAAAAACAGUGUUAUCACUCUUGACACCUCUAUAAUUAAUGGUCAAGAAAAUUAGCCAACAUGUUUUUCGUUACAAUAUAUAGGCCGUGUUUUAGUCAUGGUUAUGUUCACCUAUAUACUAUAUCACAAGUUACAAUCAUAGUAAUCCUUAUUAUGACUGUAUUAGAGAGAUUGUUUUACUCAAUAUUGACGAAACGUGGUCAGAAUGUUUACUUUGACAAUAUUUAGACCAAGUAUGAACAUCCACCUCUAGCAAAAUCUAAGUCCAAUAGAUCUAAUUUUGGAAAAAACAACAACUUUUAACCACUUUUGAAACCGCAUUUAUUACUAAAUCUUGAUGAAACUAGGUCAGAUUAUGUAUCGUUUUAAUAUUUAAUCUGAAUUCGAAACUGGGUCACAAGUGUCCAAAACUUAGAUUACCAGGUCAGAUUUUAGAAACAAAGUGCAAGAACAUUAAGGCUACAGUCGGGUCUAAAUGUUUAUUAAACUUGGUUUGUCUGUUUUUCGUGAUAAUACAACUGUCACGUUCGAAUGUGGAUGUUCUCUGUGAACCAAAAACAGCAGGUCAAGUUUCGACUAUUGCUUUACCUCUAAUUCAGAUGGGCGUCUCAGGACCAUAAUUGUCUUAUUGUUUAAAUAGACUGUUGGUACACUUAUUAUGUAACAUAUGCAUGUAUCAUAAAAGUAUUAUUGAUUUUUAUUCCAGCUUUGUUUAGUUGCUCAAUGGUUGAUAUGUUAACUAAUUAAUAUUCAUGAUGUGUUAUGUUGACAACUACCCAGUGCUCAAUAUUCACGCAUAUUUCAUAGCAAUUAACUUCAUAAUUGACGAAUUCGUUUUAAAAAAUUGAUAAAUAAAAUAAAAUUAAUAUAAUAUUUGUUUAAUGUAUUGAAUGUUAAAAAUAUAUAUAGUAAAAAAAUAUCAUGAUAUUUAUUACGAUAAUUACGAUAAAAUUCCCUGUUUAUAGAUUUUUGUAUUUAAAAACGCGGCAUAAACUGUAAAUACGAAUGACAUCAUUGUGUGUCCAGACUUUGCAAUACACUUGUCAUGGAAUGGUGAGGGCAAUAAUACAAGUUGAUAAUAAUAGUUGAACAUAAACCAUCAGUAUACAUCAAAUCUUUUACUGCUUAAAAUAAAUGUGUGAACUAAA